AUGGGUUACUAUGUAUGCAAUAUGGAUAAAUUUCUCAAAAGAAAAUCAACAAUAGACCAAUCAUCCUUAUUAGUCCAAGAAAAUAAAGCUAAUGAUAAAGAAAAUGAUCCAUUAAAAGAAAGUCAUGUAGAACUAGAAACCAUCUUGAAAGAUCUUCCAUCUGAUCCAACUCUACGGCCUAAAAUCAAUCAUUAUCAUCCUAAGUAUAGGGAUACAAUUCAAAGAUUUUACUUGCAAAAGAGUUGUUGCCAGCCUCGAAAUCAUGCAUUUCCAUUGGCAAAAUUUGGAAAAGGAUAUCGUCGAUUUAAUCCUACUUGGUUUGAUGUGUAUGAUGAUUGGCUUGAGUAUAGUGUGACCAAAGAUGCUGCAUUCUGUUUGUAUUGUUAUCUUUUUAGACCUGCCAUUAUAAGCCAAGCUGGUAGUGAUGCCUUCGUUAAUGAGGGAUUUUGUAAUUGGAAGAAACCAGAACGCUUUCAAAUUCAUGUUGGCCUGCCAAAUAGUGCUCAUAACCAAGCACGACAGAGUUGUGUGAAUUUAAUGAAUCAAAAGCAACAUUUGACUGCAUCCAUUUUUUGCAUUAUAUUUCUUUUGCGUCAAGGGUUGGCAUUUUUCGGUCAUGAUGAAACUGAAGACUCGAAGAACCAAUGUAGCUUUCUCGGACUUCUUCAUUUUUUAGCUCAGCAUAAUGAACAUUUUAAGAGUGUUGCUUUGAAGAAUGCACCAGGGAAUCUUAAAUUGAUAGCACCAGUGAUUCAGAAAGAUAUUGUAAAUGAUGCGGCAAAUGAAACCACAAAAGCUAUCAUUAGUGAUCUUGGAGAUGACAUAUUUUCAGUUUUGAUUGAUGAGUCUCGUGAUGUGUCAAUUAAAGAACAAAUGGCUAUUGCCAUAUGUUAUGUAGAUAAAAAUGGUCAUGUACUUGAGCGAUUUGUUGGCAUUGUACAUGUUGGUGACACAACUAUAGUAUCACUUAAGAUGACUCUUGAGUCAUUAUUUUAUAAGCAUGGAUUGAGUUUGUCAAGAUUACGUGGACAAGGUUAUGACGAGGCAAAUAAUAUACAAGGAGAAUUUAAUGGUCUAAAAAGUUUGAUUUUGAGGGAGAAUGAAUAUGCUUAUUAUGUUCACUGUUUUGCUCACCAACUUCAGUUGACACUAGUAGCUGUUGCAAAAAAAUCACAUUUCUGUUCAUGCAAGUGUCGAGACAUGCUUCGAGAGAGCCAAGUUAAUAAACUUGUUGACGCACUAGAAAUUGGUGAAGUUAGCAAGGGACGAGGUUUGAAUCAAGAGACAAGUCUAAAACGAGCUGGUGAUACACGUUGGGGAUCGUAUUAUUAUACAUUGAUCAACUUAAUCCUUUUGUUAUCCUCUGUGGGUGAUGUGCUUAAGGUUAUUGAAGAAGAUGGUUUAAAUCCUGAACAAAGGGGUGAAGCAUGUCAAAGAGAUGCAAUGCUUCAGCAAGAGUUAGGUGCAGCUCAACCCAACAAUAGGCCUAUAAUGGUAGCUGGGGAUGAUUUAUUCCACAGUUUGCCUCUCACAAUCUCAUCCCAAUUAAAUGCUUCAUCGAGAGCCACUAGUGAUGGUGGUGAUUUUCAAGGUUGUAGAAGUAGCAAUUGGAAAAGUCUUGUUUCAAAGACAAACUCUGAUUGGAUGAUGAAUUAUGCAAGUGGAUCAGGGUAG